AUGACAGGAAGCACAGCUAGUCAGUCAACAGAGACAGAGGUACAUAUCAGUGAAAGCAACACCAUUUCUAUAAUAACCACUAGUAGUAUUUCUAGUAUUGCUAGUGCUAACAGUACUCAACUGAAAGAAUCAACCAAAAGUCAACCGAAAGAAUCAACUAAACAUCAACAGAAAGAAUCAACCAAAACUCAAUCAAAGGAAUCAACUAAAAGUCAACCAAAAGAAGAGCAACCUCCCCAACCAUUCACUAUCAAACCAAUGUCCUACGCAGAUGCCCUUUGCAGAGGCUUACAACAGACAGAUAGUGUUACAGAGGCACAACAUAGUAGGUACGUAUCUGAGAGGCCAGCUUGGAGCUCAGUAGGAACAGCUGAUACUGGGGCUGCCGAGGCCACCCAACCCACUGGUGAUGCAACCCAACUCAAUGAAGAAAUUACAUUAAACCAGGAAGGUCAAGGGUCUGAGGUCAUCCCUCAGAGACAGACUAGUUUUAACUCUGUUCCAGUGGAGGAGAGCAACACUAAGUCACAACAGGAGAGGACUCCUACACAGCAGAGCCAGGGAGCAGGACCCAAGGGGGCCCUAGAGGACAGAGAGGAGAAGGUCAAUGAGGACUUCAUAGGCUUUCAAGCAGCACUUCAGAACUUUGGAGGGAAGAGUAAAGCCCCUGUGAAACCUAAACGAGAGAAGAAGACCCAGAGUGAAGAGAACCAGAAACAAACCUCUCUCACAGUUACACACACUGCUGUGGGACAGCAAGCCAGUGACCCUUCACAGCCUCAACCAUGCAGUAAACCAGAGAACAACAUCCAGGAAGAAGAGAAGGAAAACACAGUGGUAAUGAGGGAGAAGAAAGCGGAGAUGAAAGCAGAGACGGAGGAUGAGCGUGGCCAGAGGCUGUCGGUCCACAUGGAUAAGAUCAUGAGGGGUAACGUGACCAUGGCCAUGGAGAUCUUUGACAACCUGAGGAAGCAGGAGGAGCUGAAAGAGAUCUUGACCUGGGUGGAGGAGGUGGAGGAAGACACCAGCCAGGUGGACGUCAGGGCCCUCAGGAACAUCUUUGAGAAUGUACCUGACUGGGUCGUUGCCCCGAGAGACAAGAGACAACAUAAACAACCAAUGUCCUCCAUGGCUCUUGUGUUCGGAAAUCUGGAGAGAGCAAGUGAGGAGAUCAUGAACCUGAAGGAGCAGACGUUAGCCAGACUGAUGGACAUAGAAGUGACCAUUAAUAAAGCUUUGUAUUCUGUGUCCACUCUGAAGUCAGACUCUGACAUCGCUGGUCUGUCUGGCCUGUUUAAAGAGUCCCUAAAGGGGACAGCAGCCCAGACCCAAGGCUCCACUAGCAACAUCAGCACUAUCAGUACCGGCUUCAGCAGCAGAGCCAAGACGGCCCAGGGAAAGGACAGCCCCCCCACUAAGACACAAAGAGACCCAGAUCUGCCAACUGAUGAGGGACCUGUCAUUAAGUCCCAGAGCAGUCCUCCAUCCUCCCUUUCCUUCAUCUCCAUCCAGUCUGCAGCCAGGCAGGAGUCAGAAGACAGACAACAUGAGUCUGCAGACAGACCGAAGGGUUCUGCAGCCAGUCAAAAGUCCUCCCUGCAGCUUCCACUGUGCUCAGCCUGUCAGCUCAGCCCGAAGUGUCGCCCUUCCGGUAGCCCUUGUAGCAGAAGCCCUCUCAAUCAGAAACGUCAGGUCAGUGUACUCGAAGUGAAGACAGCCCCAGAGGGGAGUCGGCACUAAGACAGUUAGGGAGAACUAGGAGAAGACUGAUCAGUUUGGCAACAGGGUCUCCUCCACCAAGACCUCCUCUGUGGUGACUCAGCAGACACCAGUACCUCUCCUAGGGGUCAGGUAGUGACCCCCAGUCCAACCAUGUAUUGGGUAGUGACAUACCCAGAGGUCAAAGUCAUCUUGCCUAUCAAUAAACCUUCACCGCCGUUUUAAAAUGGUGCUUGCAACGGCAAGGGUAGUGGGUUCGAUUCCCGCUGGGGCCACCCAUACAAAAAUGUAUGCACUUUGGCUAAAUGGCAUAUCUUAUAAACUGUUUGAUUGAAUGAGAAAAGACACUUCAGGUAAAAAAGAAAAAAAUGACAGUCAGGAAGACAAGAUUUUUUUAAAGUGUGUGAUUUCAUGAAACAUUUGUUUGGAUAGAAUUGUAAUAAAAUGUUGUUGGUAUA